AUGUCGAUUAAGUUAGAAGAGGCUCCUGCGAAUUCUAGCAGUUCUACGGUAAAUGCUAGAUCGGAGGUCGCCGAUCUGGACGCGCUGCUGUCACGUUUGCCAGCCCUUCGGCUUCCGUCCUUUGCUGGGGAGAUGGACCAAUGGGUGGGGUUUAACAAUCUAUUUGAUAGUCUGGUCGAUAAACGUUCAGAUUUGUCACCGGCACAGAAACUGGCAUACUUGAUGUCGUGUUUAUCCGUUGAACGUCGACGCCGAUUCAACAUCAACGAUCGAAUAAAAGAGCUCGGUACCCUCCUGCCCAAGACCAACGACCCUUUCUAUGACGUCAUAAGGGACGUGCGGCCGAACAAGGGCACCAUCCUCAAGAGUAGCGUGGACUAUAUCAAGUGCCUCAGGGACGAGGUCAACAGACUCAAGCACAGCGAGCAGAGAAGGAAGCAGAUAGAACUACACAAUAGGAAACUAACCUUAAGGAUACAGGAAUUAGAAAGGCUAGCGCGAUUGCACGGUCUACCCGUGUCUUCAGAUGGCUGGUCGUCACCGUCGCACCACUCCGACUCGGGGGUGGAAACAACCCCGUCAGAGAACUUCUCUGAACCCCCCAAAUCUCUACCGGAGGUGGUGCUGCCGAAAUCGGAGCCCGCAUCACUGAUGGAGCUGGGGGAUCCCCCGCCAGACUUAUUGAGGGACACGCCGUCCGGUGAGGCGCUACAGGCUUUGGAUGCACUUGAUGGUCUAAAACUAGGUUCGUGUUCGCCACUCAGCCGGGAAGAGGGCCUGUCCUUGGGCUGUUUGGAGCCCGACCUCUGCCUCGAACCCGUCACCGACCAUCUCUUCACCCACAAAGACAUUAAGCAAAUGAGGUUAUCACCGACCCCAGGGAUGCUAGGCAGCGAUGACAACGACGCGGUGCUCAACCUCGCGCAGAUAGAAGACCUUAUGGAUGACGAUUCACAUAACCCUGUCACGUCAGGGGACCCCAUGCUCUGUUCGUCUCCCACGUCACACCUCGGGCUCAGUGCGGCCGUGGCGGAGGCGGCGGACCAAUCCUGUGCCGCCAUGCUGCACAUAGAUCUCUCCUCACAUGCGCCUGGUUCAUCACUAAUGUCAGAAGGCGGCAUGUCGCUCGGCCUAGGCGGGUUAGGAGGUCUAGGAGGUUUAGGGGAAAGCCUGCCCCUACUACUGGGGUCCACUCACGCGCCGCACUCACCUCACACCCAUCCCAGGCCCUGCUUUGACAUGGACCUAGGGGCCUAGCAUGGCGAAAAACCGGCGGCUAUAGUGAAUAAAAUCGACUAUGGUUUGUAAUCUUCAAACAGAGUUCCUAAAUUAGUACAGUAGCUGGCAGGAAAUAUUGUACAGUCAAACGCCGUAAGUCGUUUAGCAC